GCGAGUGGCAGUUGGCUGAGUCUUUAGCUGGGAAACGUGUCCGCGUAAAAUAAAGUCUUGACAAAAGUGAAGGUGCGUCGGAUGCUCAAAUUUCGUUCGCUCGUUCGAUCACAUAAAUACGGUUACCCACACUCAGGCCCCCUCUGUUAAUGUGUGUGCGUGUAUGCGCACAUGUGUGCGUGUGCUUGUACUUGUGAGUGUGCUACAUAUUAAACCAAUAAUUAGAUUUAUGUAUAGAUAUUAUACAUACCCCAAUACAUAAGCACAAAUUCCAAAAAAUCUCUGGUAAAUUAAGUGCGACCAGCAUUGCGUAUGGGCAACACGGUCCGCGAGUGGUUUUAAGCCUUCUAUCAGUUUAUAUGUGUGUGUGAGUUUGAGUGUGUCUCUCUUGUCGCUGUCGUUGUAUUUUUAUAAGUGAAAAAUUCCAACAACGUUGCAGCCCGCACUGCACUGCAGCCACAAUAAAAGAGCACAAAUGAAGCAAAACACGUUUUGUUGAAAAAAAUAUGCUGCGUCUGUUGUGGCUUCUGACGAUGUUGCAUUUGUGUUUUCGUGAGUGCGCGUGUCGUAUUUGUACUAUAGGUGUACCAGCUCAACAAACACCAACAGCAGCAUCGAGACUAUCACAACACCCAUUUUAAAAUGUGAACUAAAAUGAUGUCUGUGAAGAUUAAAAUGAAUUAAAAAUAUGACGUGUUGUAAGUUAAGUACAAAUUGUCAAACAGUUAAAGAAGAGCAAAAGCUAAUUGCUAAUGAAAACUUUGCAAAGUAAGAAAACAAGUGAAUGAAAGAAAAUCUGCGAAUCUCACCAAAAUCUUUAAGGUUCUCAGAGAAGAUGCACUCACAUCUCUCGAUCCGCCACAAAAAGAGAUGGGGGAUCCUGUUGCACUUGAUCGUGCUAGCAAAUUGCUGGCAUGUCACAUUUCAAGUACCUGAGGAUUCAAGAGCUACGCUGGAAUUCUCAUCUCCCCGUGGACGCAGUUAUGCGACAACUUAUGAGCAAUAUGCUGCGUUUCCAAGGCGUCGUAGCUCCUCACCAUCAGGUGAAAUGCAAUCACGUGCCGUGGAUACUAGCGCCGAUUUUGAAGUAUACGAAGGACAGCCUCGUGGAACACUUGUUGGAUUUAUUCCAACGAAACCCAAAUUCACAUAUCGCUUUAAUGAGCCACCACGGGAAUUUACACUGGAUCAAAUAACGGGAGAAGUCAAGACGAAUGCUGUGCUGGAUAGAGAGGGAAUGCGCAGUCACUACGAUCUUGUGGUGCUCUCCUCACAGCCAACAUAUCCCAUAGAAGUACGCAUUAAAGUGCUCGACAUCAAUGAUAAUUCGCCAGAAUUUCCAGAGCCUAGCAUUGCAGUUUCUUUCUCGGAAAGUGCUGUGACAGGAACUCGUCUGCUCCUUGAUGCGGCAACAGAUGCAGAUAUUGGCGAGAACGGUGUAACAGAUCAUUACGAUAUUGUGGCUGGUAAUGUGGACAAAAAAUUUCGAUUGGUGACUACAACGAAUCCCAGUGGAGAUACUUCCUAUUUGCAUUUGGAGACAACGGGCAAUCUAGAUCGUGAAUCACGUGGGAGUUAUCAGUUAAAUAUAUCCGCGAGUGAUGGUGGGACUCCACCUCGACUAGGCUUUCUUCAAGUCAACGUCACUAUACUGGACGUAAAUGACAAUCCUCCGAUUUUCGAUCACAGCGAUUACAGUGUGACAUUGAAUGAAACAGUCAUGCCAGGAUCGCCAGUUCUGCAAGUGAUGGCCUCCGACAACGAUCUGGAUGAUAAUAGCAAAUUGACUUAUUAUUUGGCAGAAACAGAACAUCAGUUCACGGUUAAUCCCGAAACUGGUGUUAUUUCUACAACGGAACGCCUAAAUUGUCCGCAACAAACCACCGAACAGACACGAGAGCCCACGAGCAAAAAUCAUGCCCUGAAAAGUUGUGUUUUUACAGUCUUUGCUCGUGAUCACGGUUCGCCUCGUCAAGAUGGCCGUACUUAUGUGACUGUGAAUCUAGUCGACACCAACGAUCACGAUCCUAUCAUACGCUUCCAAUACUUUCCGCCUACGGGCAUCGUAGCUACCGUCGAUGAGAAUGCCAGCAAUGGAACUGUGGUAGCCGCUGUGUCCGUAAUAGAUUCGGAUGAUGGCCCGAACGGUGAGACAACCACUCGAAUUGUCUCCGGUAAUGAACUACAUCACUUUCGUUUGGAGAAGACGCCGCUGUUUCACAUUGUGCGCGUAAAUGGAAUCCUUGAUCGCGAGGAGAUUAGCAAAUAUAAUCUGACUGUUGUGGCCACCGACAAGGGAACGCCGGAACGCACAACGAUUGCAUAUCUCAUAAUAGAUGUAAACGAUGUGAACGACCAUGAGCCAGUGUUUGAGAAGUCUGAAUAUUCUGCUGUGCUCAGUGAACUGGCACCAAAGGGUAGCUUUGUUGCCUCAAUCGCGGCCACAGACGAAGACACAGGCGUCAAUGCUCAAGUUUACUAUGAAAUUUUGUCCGGUAAUGAACUCAAGUGGUUCAACAUUGACACUGCCACAGGUCUUAUUGUAACAGCCGGAUCAUUAGACAGAGAAGUCCAGGGCAGUGUGGAGCUAAGCAUUUCCGCUCGUGACGGCGGACCAAAUCCUAAGUUCGCUUAUACUCAGCUUAAGGUCACUAUUCUUGAUGAGAAUGAUGAGGCACCACACUUUAGCCAGCAGGAACUUAACAUUAUCUUAAGCGAGGAUGUUGAGCCCCAGUCUAUGGUCGCCUUAUUAUCUGCUACAGAUAACGACCAGGGCACGAAUGGCUCGGUUACAUAUUCUUUGGCGCCUAGUGUGGAGCGACUGUACCCACAACAAUUUGCGAUCGACUCCAUAACGGGCCAAUUAAUGACGCGCCGAACUCUUGAUCGUGAGACAAUGGCGAAUUAUGAAAUUUUUGUGAUUGCACGCGAUCAGGGAGCACCGGCUCCGCAAUCUGCCACAGCUACUGUGCACCUCGCUGUUGCCGAUGUCAACGAUAAUAAUCCUGAGUUCUAUCCCAAGCAUUACAUCUACACACUAAAAGACACCGAGUCAGAUAACAAGGAAGGUAGUAUGAGAGCUCUGCUAAAUGUCACGGCCACUGAUCGCGACGAGGGCGAUAAUGCCUUAAUUACAUACAGCUUGGAAUCUGGCGGUGAGGAUAUUUUCAGUGUCGAUUCAGCAACUGGUGCUGUCAUCUUUAAGCUCCAUGGCAACAAUAUGAAAAAAUCUUACUACAGUCUGCGCAUCUCUGCUCGAGAUGCUGGACAGCGGCGUAGUACUCUGGACGCCAUUGUAGAAAUUGUAUUGGAAUCGACUACUGAACAACUCGAAUUUAAUUUACAAAAACCAUACGAAUUUCAAAUAGUUGAGGAUGCGGAUCAGAAGACAGCAAAGGUCGGGCGGGAGGUGGGCAUAGCGCAAGUAAAGCGUGCAAGUGGAGCCAUUGAAUAUAUGAUAAUAUAUGGCGACAAAGCAGAGAAUUUUGCGAUUGAUCAGCGCAGUGGGCGUAUAACCACAGCACGCCCAAUUGAUCGAGAAAUGCAGUCACAGUAUCAGAUAAUUGUCAUCGCUCGCAGCAUUGAUGCAACCACUUCUCAACAUCGGUUCGCCUAUGGCAAGUGUUCUAUUCACAUAACGGUACUCGACUUGAACGAUAAUGCGCCCAGUUUUGUGCAAGAACGAGAUGCAGAGACUUCUAUUUGGCUGCCCGAAAAUACGGCUGCGGGACAGGAAAUCUUUUUGUCACGUGCACGGGAUCGUGAUGCGGGUGUGAAUAGUCGUAUCACCUACAACUUGACCUAUAAUCCAGAUCAACAGUUUCGCAUUAACGCAGCAACAGGAGUUCUUUAUUUGCAAAAGCCUAUACGUGCCGAGCCUGGAAGUGUCUUGCAAGUGGAGAUUAUGGCCACAGAUGGUGGGUCGCCAGCUCUAAGCAAUAAACUUAGAUUGCCUGUUCAUGUUGCUGACAUCAAUGAUCAUACACCUGUCUUUGAUCACACAUCUUAUGAGACUUCACUCUUAGAGACGACAAAAGUAAACACUCGUUUCUUUGCCUUAGCUGCUUCCGAUAACGAUCUAGGCGCCAAUGGUCGAAUUUCCUAUAAGAUCAUCGAAGGAAAUUCCGAUCGUAAAUUUGGCGUUUUUCCUGAUGGAUAUUUAUUUGUUCGUGCUCCUCUAGAUCGCGAAGAACGUGACUAUUAUGCGCUCACAGUAUCCUGCAAUGACGGCGGUUCUCCUCAACGAUCUUCUAUGGUUCCCAUUGUCAUCCACGUCAUAGAUGAAAAUGAUAAUCCACCACAAUUUACCAACAGCACAUUUACUUUUUAUAUACCCGAGAAUGCACCGCCAGAUACAUUUGUUGGCAAGCUUACUGCAGUCGAUCGAGAUAUUGGUAGAAACGCCGAGCUGAGUUUUAGUGUCCUAGCGAGCUCCCAGGAUUUUGCUAUAGAUAAGCACAAUGGGUUUAUCAGAACACUGCGACCGUUCGAUCGCGAGGCUCUAGUUCGUAACGCCCGUGGUGUGGACACCGCCGACGACGAGGAACGCAAUAUAAAUAGUGGUGGCUCCAACUAUCUGUUACUGGAGGCCAUGGUUUCGGACAAUGGUGUUCCCCCACUUCACGAUAAGGUUAAGAUUAAAGUCAUAGUCACAGAUGUUAAUGAUAAUGCGCCAGAAUUCUUGCGAGCACCUUAUCAAGUAACCAUUUCCGAAGAAGCCCCCGAGGGCACUCAUAUUAUGCAUGUUUUUACUCAGGACGCAGAUGAGGGUCUCAAUGGUGAUGUAUAUUAUAUGUUGUCUUCCGGAAAUGAAGGAAACCAAUUCAGUUUAGAUAGUGCUACAGGCCAGUUAAGUCUGCUUCGCAAAUUGGACCGUGAAUCACAGGAGGUGCAUCACCUAACUGUGACAGCGCGGGAUGCAGCACUAAAGAAUCCUCUUAGCUCAACUGCCAAUAUUACCAUUACCGUACUAGAUGACAACGACAAUGCGCCGGAGUUCACGCAGUCCAGUAGCGAAAUUUCCGUAUUGGAAACUAGUGUCAUUGGAACUGAACUAAUGCGUUUCCGCGCAAGCGACGCCGACUAUGGUGUCAAUAGUCAAGUAGUUUUUAGUAUUACGGCGGGCAACAGAAGAGAUACAUUUCACAUUGAUAGCAUUAGCGGAAGUUUGUAUCUGCAUAAGCCACUUGACUAUGAGGAUAUCACCAACUACACUCUGAAUAUUACUGCAUCUGAUUGCGGCACGCCACCUUUGUCAACAACGGUACUUUACAAUGUCAUCGUUAUGGAUGACAACGAUAAUCCCCCGAUAUUUCCAAGCACGGCAAUCGUGCGACAAAUCAAAGAAGGCAUACCACUAAAGACCCCAAUUGUCACAGUCGUCGCAGAUGAUCCUGACUCUGGUCUUAAUGGAAAGGUUACAUACGUCAUAAGCAAACAGGAACCAGAACUGACCGGUGGUCGGCACUUUGGAAUUAACACGCAGACGGGAGUGAUUUAUACACUACGUGAAAUCGAUCGCGAGUCUAUUGAUAACUUUCGAUUGACAGUUGUAGCUACGGAUCAGGCGCAACCCUCGGAUCGUCAACUUUCCACCGAAAAGUUAAUCACAGUCAUAGUCGAAGAUAUCAAUGACAACGCUCCAAUAUUUGUAUCAAUGAAUGCAGCUAUUCUUCCUAGCCUACCCAAUACGACAAUACCAUCAAGGGGCAAUGGAGGCUAUGUUAUGCAGGUGUUAGCUCGCGAUGCAGAUUCUUCGAGCAAUGGCCUGGUAACAUAUGAAAUUGUUGGCGGCCAUCAAGAACUGUUCUACUUGCAACGCAACACAGGAGUCAUCACUCAUGUCCAUGCUAAUCACUUGCAGGACAACUUCGAAGUGCGCUACCAAUUAACCCUAAAGGCCACGGACGAGGCAAGUGGUGAGCGCAAGAGCACUGAGACUUAUAUAACAAUUAUAACGCCAGGAACAGCGAUGAGCGAUGAACCAGUUUUUGAUAAGCACAACAUCUUAUUUGGAUCGGUUUAUGAGAAUGAGCCGAUUGGUACUAGUAUCUUAACCGUAAAUGCUCAACUCGGGGGGGCAGAAAUCGAAUACUAUGUGACAAAUGUGACUGCACCUAUAGACUCGACCUUUGGACAGUUAAGCAAUAGUGAAUCACGAGUGCAAGUUGAUCGUCUUUUCGACAUCGAUGCAAAGCUGGGAAUUUUAUCGACGGCUGUGGAACUGGACCGCGAGGCUGGGCCUCCAGCCUAUGAGAUAGACGUGUAUGCCAUCGCAUUGGGUGGAAGGCCUCGAACCGCCCUCACGAAGGUCAAAGUAAAUGUACUGGAUAAAAAUGACAGCCCGCCAAAGUUUCUUGAUACGCCACUAAUGUACACAGUGAGCGAAGACCUAGAGAUUGGUCAUACCAUAGCAACAAUUCGAGCGACUGAUCCUGAUCCGGAUACAAUGGGCAGUAUGGUUUUCUCUCUAAGGGAAGGCCAUGAUGGCAAAUUUACCCUUGAACCAACAACUGGUAAACUUCAAUUAAAAGAUGCAUUGGACCGUGAAACAAAAAGUAAAUACGAUUUGCGUAUACGUGUUAGUGAUGGAGUCCAGUACACGGAAACUGAUAUUGUGAUUCAGGUGGACGAUACCAAUGAUAAUCCGCCGGUAUUUGAUGAGUCUAUUUACUCCUUUGAUAUACCGGAAAAUGCACCACGAGGCUAUCAAGUUGGUGAAAUUGUGGCCAAAGAUGCAGACUUAGCACAGAAUGCUCAAGUGUCAUAUUCAGUCAUUUCUGAUUGGGGCAAUGAUGUGUUUAGCUUGAAUCCUCAAACUGGAACGCUUACUCUAACAGCGAAGUUGGAUUACGAAGAAAUACAGCAUUACAUAUUAAUUGUACAAGCCCAGGACAAUGGUCAGCCCAGUCUCUCAACUACCACGACUGUAUAUUGCAACGUGCUCGACUUGAAUGAUAACACACCAUUAUUCGAUCCUAUGAGUUAUUCGAGUGAAAUAUUUGAAAAUGUUCCAACAGGCACAGAGGUGGUGACCGUUUCCGCAAAAGAUAUUGACUCUGGUAAAAAUGGUCUUAUUGAGUUCAGUAUAACAGGCGGAGAUAUGGAUAACGAGUUCGAGAUCAACAGCAAUGGUACUAUCUCCACUCGCCAUCAACUCGAUCGGGAGCAUCGCAGUUCUUAUACCUUAACAAUUACUGCUCGCGAUUGUGCUGAUGAAAUUGCCACAUUCAAUGAUCUUAAGGAGACACAAAUGAGGCUGAAAUAUCGUUCGCCAAGACGUUUCUAUAGAACACAUGAGGAGAAUCAGUUUCUGUCGCAUCAAAAACAAGAGCGAUUAUCAUCGACGGUACAGGUCACCAUACUUAUCAAAGACAUCAACGACGAAGUGCCCGUGUUUAUUUCCGCAAAUGAGACAGCUGUUUUGGAGAAUGUGGCCGUGAAUACAGUUGUGUUUACUGUGAAAGCCAUUGACAACGAUGAGGGACGUAAUGGCUAUAUUGAUUAUUUCAUCGAUAAGCCUGCAUUAACUGGCGGUUAUAAUGGAGUAAAGCUGCCGCCGUUUACUUUAAACCCAACUGAUGGAGUCCUACGUGUAGCCGAUGCACUGGAUCGGGAAAUACAAAAUAGCUACAUUUUGAAUAUAACAGCUCGAGAUCGUGGAGAUCCACCACUUAGUACGCAGGCGCAGUUAACUAUCAAAAUACUAGACGAAAAUGAUAAUACUCCAGUGUUCGACCCAAAGCAGUAUUCAGCAUCAGUCGCUGAAAAUGCCAGUAUUGGUGCCAUGGUGCUGCAAGUGUCCGCUACAGAUAUGGACGACGGAGACAAUGGCCGUGUGCGUUACUCUAUCUUUGCAGGCGAUCAGAAUCGUGACUUUACCAUCAGCGAAGAUACAGGUGUUGUUCGAGUGGCCAAAAAUUUGAACUACGAACGAAAGUCGAGAUAUGUAUUGACUGUACGUGCUGAGGAUUGUGGUGAACAGGAGAGUGCCAGUGAUACGGCUGAACUGAUAAUCAGCAUUAUUGAUAUUAACGAUAAUCGACCUACAUUCCUUGAUUCCCCAUACAUUGCUCGCGUAAUGGAAAACACUUUGCCGCCCAAUGAUGGAUACCUCCUCACUGUAAAAGCUUAUGAUGCUGAUACACCUCCUCUCAACUCACAAGUGAGAUACUUUCUAAAGGAAGGCAAUGUCGAUCUGUUUCGCAUCAAUGCAUCAACAGGCGAAAUAGUUCUAUUAAGAACUCUGGAUCGUGAAUUGCAAAGCGAGUAUAUUUUAACACUUGUAGCCAUGGACACUGGAUCCCCGCCCUUGUCGAAUACUGGCAUUGUCAAAGUUGAAGUUCAGGAUAUAAACGACAAUGAUCCCGUCUUCGAGCUUCAAUAUUAUCAAACCAUUAUUCAAGAAAAUCUUCCCAUUGGAUCUUUGGUGCUUAUAGCUAAUGCCUCUGACAAGGACACUGGUCCCAAUGCCAAGAUUCGCUUCAAUUUGCUGGGAGAACAUAUGUCUCACUUUCACAUCGACACUGAUACUGGAGAAAUUGUCACGGCUGUAAUUUUGGAUCGGGAGAGCAUUAGUGUUUAUCACUUAACUCUCAUGGCGCAGGACAGUUCUAUUACCGAACCAAGAGCAACUUCUGUGAAUCUAACAAUUAUUGUGGGGGACACCAACGAUAAUAUGCCCAAGUUUGAUGCGAGUACUUUCAAUGUUGUCGUGCCAGACAAGAUACAAGCGGGCGAGUUUGUUUUCGGCGCUAAAGCUACGGACUCUGAUGAAGGAUUGAAUGCAAAGAUCAUUUAUAAUAUUAGUGGAAAGGAUCAGCAGUAUUUCGAUGUACAUCCCACAACGGGUGUUAUACGCACUAAAAUGGAACUGGCGCAUAAGAAUACACCCCACGUUGACAUAGUUUAUAACAUAAAAAUUCAUGCAACUGACCAAGGUAGCAUGCCGCGCAGCUCCACAGCUGAGCUAACAGUUCAAGUGCGUCCUGCUGAACUCUUCCCUGUAUUUUCGUACAUGCCCAUUACACAAUUUACGCUACCUGAGGAUGUGCAACCAGGGAAAUUAAUUGCCAAACUAAAUGCUUCAUCGCCAAAAAAGGGUACUGUAGCUAACAUAAGAUAUAAGAUUGCUGGCGGUAAUAUGGCUCAAGCUGCAGAAGUGGAUCCAAUAAGCGGUGUGCUAAGUGUUGGAUCUGAUGGACUCGAUUACGAAUUGGCUCAUCAAUACGAACUGUGGAUUGAAGCAGCUGACUCUGAUAAACCAAGUCUGAAUACUGUCACUCUGCUCAAAAUUAAUGUCACCGAUGCCAACGAUAAUCCUCCAGUUAUGGAGAAACUUGUGUACAACAGUGAAGUCAUGGAGGAGGAAUCUCCACCACAGUUAAUUGCAACUGUCAAGGCUAAUGACAAGGACUCUGGUGAUAAUGGCGAAGUCAGUUAUCGUUUAAAAAAUGAUUACAAUGGCACAUUUGAGAUAUUUAAUUCCGGAGAAAUAUACACGACUAUGCGGCUAGAUCGAGAGGAGCUCAGUGAUUACGCCCUGAUCGUGGAGGCUGUCGAUCAGGGAGCACCUCAGCUAACAGGCACAGCAAGUGUUUUGCUCCAUCUGCUCGACAAAAACGACAAUCCACCCAAAUUUACACGUCUCUACUCACUGAAUGUGACGGAAAACGCGGAGAUUGGCAGUUUCGUUAUUAGCGUGACAUCUUCAGAUCUGGACUUGGGGGAAAAUGCACAUGCCACAUAUUCGUUCAGUUCAAACACUGGAGACAAAUUUAAAAUUGAUCCACAUAGUGGAAAUAUAACGGUAACGGGUCACAUCGACCGUGAGCAACAAGAUGAAUAUGUUUUGAAGGUAGUGGCCUCCGAUGGCGCGUGGCGUGCUGAGACGCCGAUCACAAUCACCAUUCAGGAUCAAAACGAUAAUGCACCUGAGUUUGAGCACAGUUUUUACAGCUUUAAUUUUCCAGAACUGCAGAAUGCUGUCUCAUUUGUGGGCCAAAUUAUAGCUACAGAUCGGGAUAAGCAGGGACCCAAUUCUGUAAUCUCAUACUCCUUACAAUCGCCAUCGCCCAUAUUUAGCGUCGAUCCCGCUACCGGGGAAAUAUUUAGCAAAACUAAAAUUCAAUACAAGCACUCACAGUACACAAGUUCACCAGAGAACAUGUUUGCACUCAAUAUUCUGGCCACGGACAAUGGCAAGCCGCCUCUGUACUCCGAGUGCUUAGUUAACAUCAACAUUGUGGAUGCCAACAAUAAUGCACCCAAGUUCGAAAAGGAGGAAUAUCUGUCUCCAUUGCCAGAGCAUGCUAAAAUGGGACAACGUGUGGUUAGAGUUCGAGCAAAUGACGACAAUGAUGUUGGCGUAAAUGCAGAGAUUGAUUAUGCUCUGGUCAGCUCCAAUACAAGCUUAUAUUUUGCCAUCAACAAACAUGAUGGUUGGAUAAGUCUGAGAAAAGAAAUUGGUGCUCGGCCAAACACACGAUUUGAGUUUAAGGUCAGAGCCACUGAUCGUGGUGUGCCACCACAAUCAGAUGAGUCGCAUGUCGUUGUAAUUGUAACCGAUGAGAAUCGUUAUAUUCCCGAAUUUAUCCCACUCACUUAUCAAGUGAUUGUGCCCGAAAACGAGCCCAUUGGCUCCACAAUACUCACAGUUACUGCUACCGACAAAGACAUCGGACCUAAUGGCAUGUUGCGAUAUGCUAUUUCUGGUGGCAACGAGCGAGAAGACUUUAGUGUUAACGAUAAAACGGGAGCUAUUACCAUAAUGCGAUCGUUGGACUACGACUUGUUGCAGGACUACCACUUGAACAUUACUGUCCAAGAUCUGGGCUAUAAGCCACUGUCUGCUGUGGCCAUGCUUACGAUUAUACUAACUGAUGUCAACGACAAUCCGCCAAUCUUUAAUCAAUCGGAUUAUCAUGGUUAUAUAGCGGAAAAUCAGUCAGUGGGCGCUAAUGUGUUCCAGGCCCAUGCCACAGACAAAGAUUCGCCAAAGAAUGCUAUUAUACACUAUUCAUUCCUCGCAAGCGAUCCAGAUCGUCACUUCUUCACCAUUGAUGCCAAGAGCGGAAUAAUUCAAUCUGCAGCUAGUUUCGAUUAUGAAGAGCGUCGUACUUAUACACUUCAUAUAAAGGCUAGAAAUCCCGACUCGAUCAUGGAGAGUUACGCAGUGCUGCAUAUUCACAUCUUAGGCGUCAAUGAGUUCUAUCCUAAAUUUUUGCAACCUGUUUUCCACUUCGAUGUAUCGGAAACUUCCAUUGUCGGUACUGCUGUGGGAUCGGUUCAGGCCACAGACAAAGACAGCGGAGAAGAUGGACGCAUCUAUUACUUGUUGGUUGGAUCUAGCAAUGACAAGGGAUUUAGUAUCAAUGCUGACACUGGCUUACUGCACGUGACAAAGAGUUUGGAUCGUGAGACUCAGGAUCGUGUCGUGCUUAUGGUGAUGGCCAAGAACUAUGGCAGCAUACGAGGCAACGAUACGGAUGAGGCACAGGUGAUAAUUUCCAUACAGGAUGGAAAUGACCCCCCAGAGUUUGUAAAGCAUUAUUAUGCAUCGAGCAUAUUGGAGUCGGUGCCGGUCGGAACAUUGGUGACCACAGUUAAAGCUAUAGACAAGGAUGUGCGUCCGCAGAAUAAUCAAUUUAUCUAUUCAAUUAUCAACGGCAAUCUAAAACACAGUUUUAAAAUUAACGAGGAAAACGGCGAAAUAAGCACGGCUGCCAUGCUGGAUCGAGAAGACAUUGGGCGCUAUAAUUUAGUGAUUGGGGCUAUCGAUACGGGAUUGCCGCCUCAAACUGGCACAGCCACAGUACGAAUUGACUUGGGCGACAUAAACGACAAUGGACCAACUUUUAGCGCCGAAGGUCUCCUGGGUUAUAUAUCAGAAAACGAGCCAGCAGGCACAACUAUAAUGACCUUGGCAGCGAGCGAUCCUGAUUUGCCAAAAAAUGGCGCACCUUUCAGUUAUAAAAUUGUAGGUGGCAAACACAAGACCUGGGUAAGUGUUGAUAAAAACACAGGUCUCGUAAAGUCUACCACCAGCUACGAUCGCGAAACAACUUCGACUCUAGAAGUUGUUAUUGAGGCAGAGGACAGUGGCAUUCCCAAGCAACGAUCCCAACAUAAACUCAUUAUUAAAGUCCUCGAUCAGAACGACAAUCCAUCAACUCCACGCACUGUGCACGUCGCUGUCAACAUAUUCAACAACGAAUUGCCAGCCAAUAUAAAGCUCGCUGAUGUACAUCCUAACGAUGUCGAUAUUGUUGGAGAUUAUCGGUGCAGUUUGCACGGCAACGGUCAGCUGGCCAUAAAGAGUGGCUGUGACUUAUAUACAACAUCAGUGACAAGUCCAAUUGCAUAUUCUUAUAGUGUCAGGGGUAGCGAUGGCAAGCACAACGAAGUGAACUCAAAUGUAACUGUUGAUUUCGAGAACUUUAAUAAUUUAACCAUAGCCAACACUGUGUCACUACUUAUAAGAAACAUGUCUGCUGUGCAGUUCCUUACGCAACAUUAUCAACCCACUUUGGAAUUAGUAAAGUCAAGAUUUGCUUCCAACGAUCAAGUGCAUAUUUAUAGCCUGAUAGAUGUGGAAACCAACCAGACGAGUAAUACAAAUGUUGAAGCGCUUCUUGCGGUACGGACACAGCAAAACUAUAAACAGCCAACUAAAAUUGUAGAACGACUGCGAGAGAAGCGCUCCGCUCUCUCAGAGCUACUGCACUCCGAGGUGGUCAUCGGAUACGAGCCUUGCAAUACACCCGAGGUGUGUGCCAAUGGAGGUGUCUGCAGUGCAAUGAUUCGACUAUUGGAUAUGAACACCUUCAGCAUAGUUGACAGUCCAACACUGAUUCUCAGUGGUCCUCGCUUCGUCCACGAUUACACUUGUCAAUGUGCUAAAGGAUAUGCUGGAGAACAAUGUGCCAGGAGACAGGACCCUUGCAUACCCAGUCCGUGUCAAGGGCAGGCACCAUGUCGACGGAUGGGCAAUGAUUUUCAAUGCGACUGUCCCACUAAUCGAGAAGGCAAGCAAUGUGAAAGGGAACGUAGCGAUGUCUGCUGGGGCAAGCCUUGCCGUAAUGGCGGUAGUUGUCAACGCAGUCCAGAUGGCUCGUCAUACUUUUGUCUAUGUCGACCGGGCUACCGUGGAAGUCAGUGUGAGAGUUUAGCUGAUUCAUGUCGUCCAAAUCCUUGCCUGCAUGGCGGCUUGUGCGUAAGUUUAAAGCCGAGCUAUAAAUGCAGUUGUCCUUCUGGCCGAUAUGGCCGACAUUGUGAACGUUUCAGUUACGGCUUUGAUCCGCUCUCCUUCAUGAGUUUUCCGUCUUUGGAUCCUACCACAAACGACAUUUCAAUUGUAUUUGCUACAACUAAAUCGACAGCCCUUUUGGUCUACAAUUACGGUCUGCAGACUGGCGGGCGUUCCGAUUUUCUGGCGAUAGAGUUAGUGCAGGGACAAGCGUACUUUUCAUCAGGUGGCUCACGAACUGCAAUAAGCAGAGCUAUGGCUGGCUCCAAUCUCGCCGAUGGCAGUUGGCACAAGGUUACUGCCACUCGCAAUGGGCAUGUCAUGUCAUUAAGUGUCGCCAAGUGUACUGAAUCUGGUGAUGUUUGUGCUGAAUGCACUCCAGGAGACUCCAAUUGUUAUGCGGAUGUUGUCGGUCCAGUGGGAACUCUAAAUUUUAACAAGGAACCAGUGCUUAUUGGAGGCCUCGCAUCCGCCGACCCUGUUCUUGAGCGACCUGGUCAAAUACACAGCGACGAUUUUGUUGGCUGUAUUCACAGUGUUUCAAUUAAUGGACGAGCCUUGAAUCUGAGUGCACCGUUGCAACAACAUGGCAUCACCCCGGGCUGCCAUAAACAAUCCUGUCAGCCAUCUCUGGCAGCAGAAAGAUGUGGCAAGUUUGCUGGGCAGUGCAUUGAUCGAUGGACAACUUCGCUGUGCCAGUGCGGAAGUCACUUGCAAUCGCCGGACUGUGGCGACUCGCUUGAGCCUGUAACUCUUAGCGAUGGCAGUUUCCUUGAAUUUAAAAUCUCAGAGCAAUAUCGUCGCAUGCAACUUCUUGAUAGUCUUUACCAUGACAAGAACGCAUGGACCACUCGCUCAAAACGUCACUCAAUUGACAAUAAUAAUGUCAAUACAUCGACGUUGUUUUUUGAGCCACCUAAGCUGAUAAGCUUGCUCUUCCGCACUUACAAGUCACAGGGUUUAAUUCUGUAUGCCGCUACUAAUCACAUGUACACCACAAUCUCUUUGCUGAGUGGACAGCUUGUGUACUAUUCCAAACAUCAUUUGUCCAUUAAUAUGACAGUGUCCACACCAAAGGCGCUUCACGAUGGCAAGUGGCACAACGUUAGUCUACACAGUCAUAGCCGUAUACUGCAUCUACUCUUAGAUGGCCAGCGAGUUGGCGAUGAAUUGGACCUUGCUGGAGUGCAUGAUUUCCUCGAUCCCUAUCUGACUACACUCAGUGUUGGAGGUACAACUAAUGGUCAGUUAGAUACUGAACCAUUUGCGGGUUGCAUUGCCAAUUUUACAAUAAACAACGAACUGCAGCCUUUGAACGGAUCGGGAAGCAUUUUUCAACAAGUGAAGCACCACGGCAAAGUAGAGCUGGGCUGCAGUGGAGCGGAUCUUGGAGUUGACGCUGCCCAAGUUGCCGAUCCAUUGAGUAUUGGCAUCACACUGGUUAUUGUGUUCUUUGUUAUACUGGUUGUGGCCAUAUUUGGCUCGUAUAUCAUCUAUCGUUUUCGCGGGAAGCAAGAGAAAAUCGGUAGUCUCAGCUGCGGAGUUCCCGGAUUUAAAAUCAAACAUCCUCCACCAGCAGCUGUGCCACAAAGUCAAGUGGCGGACCAUGUCCUAGUACGCACAAUACACACUAACGAAACUCCCACUCCCGCUACAGAUCACAUACGUCCACCUGGACAUCAUUUGGCUGGGCCCGAGCUAAUUACAAAGAAGUUCAAGGAACGCGGUGACCUGCCACCCACAGCAGAUCUUCCGCAGCCUCAGCAAAGGCCUCAAAGGCCGGACAUCAUUGAGAGGGAAGUUGUUGGGAAAAGUCCGCCAAUUCGAGAUGAACAUCAUCUUGCAAUUCCACCACUGAAUCCACUACAUCCCCUCGAUCACGGCAGCUCCGUUGACAUGGGCUCCGAGUACCCUGAGCACUACGACUUGGAGAACGCAAGUUCAAUUGCUCCCUCUGACAUUGAUAUUGUAUAUCAUUAUAAAGGAUAUCGUGAGGCAGGUGGCAUGCGCAAAUACAAAGCAACCACUCCACCAGUUGCUGCAUAUACCCACCACAAACAUCAGAGCACAGCAGCCCAGCAGCAGCAUCGUCAUUCUCCACGUCACGCUGUCAACGCCCCCUUUGUACCUCGCGUGCCCAAUCAGAACAAUCAACCACCACCCUCGACAUCAACAUCUAGAACGCAUCAGACAACACCACUAGCACGCCUCUCGCCCAGUUCUGAGUUAAGCUCGCAACAACCAAGGAUUCUAACCCUUCACGACAUUUCCGGCAAACCUCUUCAGAGCGCUCUUUUGGCGACCACGUCGAGUUCAGGAGGUGUGGGCAAGGAUGCGCUUCACAGCAAUAGCGAACGCAGCCUCAACAGUCCAGUGAUGUCCCAAAUGUCUGGUCAGAGUUCGAGUGCAAGUCGCCAGAAAUCUGUGGCUCCUCCCCAAGCGCCACCACAAAGCUCAAUGGGUCUAACUGCUGAGGAUAUCGAAAGACUUAAUAGUAGACCCAGAACUUGUAGCCUAGUUUCAACACUAGAUCUAUCAUCGAGCAGUGAAGCGCCAACGCCGCGUGUUUCAGGCGGAGCACUUCAUCUAUCGCUUGGCGGAGAUGUUGAUGCGCAUAGCUCAACAUCGACAGAUGAGAGUGGCAAUGAUAGUUUUACUUGCUCGGAAAUUGAGUACGACAACAAUAGCUUAAGCGGCGAUGGCAAGUACUCCACCAGCAAGAGUAUGCUUGACAGCCGGAGUCCUGUGGCUCGAGCGCUGAGCGGGGAUCCAGCGAGAAAUCCAAAUGCGGUUAAGACUCCGCCGAUACCACCACAUGCGUAUGAGGGAUUCGAAUCGUCUUUUCGUGGUUCACUUAGUACACUUGUUGCCAGUGACGACGACCUGGCGAAUCACUUGAGUGGCAUCUACAGAAAAGCAAGCGGCGCCGCUUCGCCAUCUGCCACAACUUUGGGCUGGGAGUACUUGCUUAAUUGGGGACCCAAUUAUGAGAAUCUAAUGGGCGUAUUUAAAGACAUUGCUGAACUGCCUGACACAAGCUCACAACAACAACCACAACAGACAACUCAGCCCGUGUCAACAUUACGUAUACCUAAUGUACAAAAAGCACCAGAGGAGUAUGUGUAA